GGGAUUCCGGUAGCUUGGUCAAAUCGUUAUAAUCGGCAAUCCGACCUGCAAACUACCGGAAUCCUUGUCACUUUCUGUGUAUGGAAAUAUGAUUAUAAAGUGAAUGGGAAUUUGCCUUAGAAAAGCUGUGUAUGCUGGUACAUCACAGAAACCAUCGUGCAUUAUUCAGGAAAUUUUGAAAUCUGGGAGAAUUUACAACCCAAUUUCUCUACGUCAUUACCAGUGUGUCUAUGAGAAAGGUAUUUCAACAUCAACAUUAGAAGAUAUACAUAAAUCUCAGACACCCUCACUCAUACUCAGCAAGAACCAUUGUACCACAUAUCAAACAAUGAGCCUGCAUGUGAAAGCCAGAUGUGAAGUUUACCCACGGACACAGGACGUGAAACGUUUUAUUGUGCCAGAUGACAAAGUGCCAUGGUCGGUUGACUUCCCAGAGUAUGACCCCAUAGAUUAUACAAGCAAAAGUGUGGCUUCUCAGCCAGUAUGGGCUGACAGCCCAGACCCUGCGACUAUCACUUUCAACUGCAUAGAUAAAUCAUGCAAUUCAGACCGGAGAAGUAAUGAAGGAAACUAUCAAGUUAUCAAUGGUUGUCCAAGGAAUCCCAGAGGGCGAACAGGUUGUAAAGGUCGUGGAACUCUGGGGAAAUGGGGGCCCAACCAUGCAGCAGAUCCAAUUGUCACAAGGUGGCAGCGUGACUCGAACAAUGAGAUUGUAAAGCAAGACGGAAAACCGGUACUUGAAUUUGUGGCUGUACAGCGUCGGGAUAAUGGGGAAUGGGCUCUACCAGGAGGCAUGGUUGACGCUGGUGAGAAUCGUACAGCAACAUUGACACGAGAAUUUGGGGAAGAGGCUCUAAACUCAAUUGAUGCCACGCCCGAAAGGAAAGCCCAGAUUCAAAAACUUCUCACAGAAUUCUUCAAGAAUGGAAAAACGAUAUACAAGGGUUACGUUGACGACCCUCGGAACACAGACAAUGCUUGGAUGGAGACCAAGGCCAUGAACUUUCAUGACGAACAGGGAACCAGUGUUGGUGCAUUCAGCUUACAUGCUGGUGAUGAUGCUGCUGACGUGAAAUGGAUGCCUAUACACAAGGGACUUAAGCUGUAUGCAAGUCACAUAGACUUUAUCCGGCGAACAGUUGAAAAUCAUGGUGCUUACUGGUAGUGGAGAACCAACAACAGCUACAGCAGUUUAAGGACUUGAUAAUAUUUGAGUUACUCACCAUUCCUAUUCUUGUUGUUUAUUUUGUCUAUGUAGGUUUUAGAAAUUAUUUGCUUAUCUGUUUUUUCGAGAUUGUACUGGUGUCUGCAGUGUCUAGUCUAACCUUGGUGUCGGCUUUGUCUAAUUUAAACUUGUUUCUCAAUUUUAUUGUUUGAAAACUCUAACCUUUGGUCAUAAAAAAGGUCCAAUUUAUGGCACUUAGAAAUGUGCUUUUGUGUAGCUAGGCCUAUAAUUAAAGCUUAAAUAAAGGCCCUUGACAUAUUGAGAGAAAUGGACAAGUUGGCAAUAACCUGCAGUGCUCAUCUUGUCUUUGUAAACAUGUGUACUAGUUAGAGCUUCCAAUGUAUUACAGCAGGGCUGUACUGAAGUCUGUAAAAUUAACUUUUCUCUGUGUUUAACUCUGACUAAAAGUGUUAGUGAUUAAGGGCCAAGGGGCCACAAUUUUGAACAGACUCAAGUCUGAGUUCAGUCUCAAUGUGGCUAUAGUGCAAAUCUUCAUUUCAUUUUAACUUUCUUUGUAGUUGAGUUUUUAUAAUGAUAUUUGCUAAAUUUUAUUACUUUUUGAAAUUGUAGAAUUAUUCAUAUUUAUUUUUGUCCAACUAAUGGAAUGAAGAGGAUUGUUUGUAAUUUAAUGAAAGUGCUUUACUGAGUCCGAGCUUAGAUUUGGACUUGAGACUGUUCCUAACCUGGCCCCAAUUUCUAGAAACAUCUUAAGUCCCUUAUAACAGGAUUAAGCUUACCUCAUUUUUUUCUUUGGGUAUAAUUUUUGCACUAUUCCCAUUCUUAGGAGAUUUCUCAAUUAAAGAAAAAAACAAUUAUCAUUAUGGUAACCACGAUAAACUACUUCUUAUUUAGUGAAAUCAAGAUUGAGGAAGUUUCGGGAAAUUGGGGCCUGGUCCUAAGAACAGUGAAAUUAACCAUGUGUUGACAUGGACCAACUUUUAACCUAUACAACAAAGAUGUAGACUUGCCAUUGCUGUUCUGUAUUGGACAGCCUUGUGUUGUUUUAGUAUUGUGGAUGCAAUUUUAUGCCCUCUUUUGCUUUUUUUUGUUUUGGCUUAUUUUUCAUGAUGUUUAGAGUUCGCAACAUUUUUGUAAACAAUUAUUGAUUUGGUCUAAGCAAUUGACAGUAAAUCAAAUAUAUUUCUUACAUCAGUACAUUCUAAAUAACUUUAUUAGCCAUUAGUGUAGAAAACAAUAUUUGCACAAAAAUAGUUAUAUAUUAGUUUGACACCAUUUGCAUAGAAGUAAAGCAAUAUGUAGAACUCAUACUUCCCAUCAUUUAAAUAGAUUAGUAGAUGUGUUUAAUCGUUUGAUUGAUUGAAUCUUUAAUGCAUGAAGAAUUAUAUUAACAACCAUAGAACUGAUAUAUAUAUAUAGUUAUAUGCAAAGGUUAUAAAACAUACACACUAACUUACAGUAUAUACAGAAUUUAAUAAAGGCAUAUUUAAAGGUUGUACAAAACAUAUAUAAUUAAACAGGUAUAUGUUAAGUAAAUAUGUCUGCACAAACCUGUAUUGAUUUGUACUCGUAAGUCCCAAACAGUGUGUGCAUCCUUCUUUUUCUUAUAUAACUGAAGCGCAUAUUCCGUUCUAAAUACUUGAUAUUAAUUUCAUUUAGUUUUGAUACAUUAUAAUAAGUAAUAAUUUCUAUACAGAUUUACAAGGUGUUAUACUCAUACAUCUGUAUUUAAGUAUGGUACAUGAGAUAAUGAGAGCUACUAUUCGUCAUAAUGAUAUUGAAUCUGGUGAUUGAUUUGCAAUUUAUUUAGGUAAAUUGAUUUUAGGGUUUCUAAAAAGCUCAAACCAAUUGAAUGCAUACUGAAUUGUCAUGAUGGGUUAUUUUGAUGUAAAGAUUAAUAUAAAAGAGAAUGUGCCAAAUUUGUGCCAUUGCAAGUUCAGUAAUACAUGUAUGUUCAUUUCUUUGUUUUAGUUUUUUUAUUAAAUUAAUAAAGUGCUUGUUAAUGUUUUGCUCUCCAAUUGUGAGGAAUUUUAAGAAUCCUUUCUAUAAUGCUAAUGUUUUAAACGAUUUUGUGUUUUCAUGACAAGGGUACAACCUCAUGAAAUAUAAAGAGGGAUACAAUAUAAAUGGAAACUUUAAACUGUGAAAAACUUAGUCUGUAUUAUAUUUAUAAAAGAACAAUGUAGAAAAAUAAAUAUUGUAUGAAGAUGGUAAAACGGUUUGUUCAGUCUUGAACGACUUUUUUCGUGCAAGUCACUUUAACAUAUAUUCGUUGCGAUUCAUUCUGAAUUUAUUGUUGUUGUAAUAAUGUUAUUGUAUUUAAAAUUUUAUAAGGCACAUUCUAUUUUGUUCUAUUGAUGUAUCAGAAAAAACAUGUGUGUGUGUGAUGAAAAUGUAUACAAUUUAUACAUCAGAAUUACAAAAUUUCAUUUUUAUGUUAGGCUUUCGUUUUUGUAUAUUCUAUUGUUUAACAUCCUCAGCACCCCAGCAUAUCAUAACCGAUAUGAUACCCUGGGGAAAUUGGCUACGUAAACUUUGUUAAUCUUGAAUAUUCAUAAGCAUUAUCCGACCAAUGAAAUAGCCGAUAACAAAGAGGAAAGAAUCUCCUUUGUGAAGAGCUAUCAGCAUAUUUAACAAUAUCCUGCCUUAAACAAUUUGUAAUCUGUGAUCUCAUUGGAUAAUUCCGAACCGAGAUUACACACGUAACAUCUCGGCCAUUUCCGCACCGCAUGAGGUGUGUCUCAUCAAUCAAGUGGCUGGAUUUCACCUUAUUAAUUAUUCAUGACUACAAGAUUUUGACAGCUGAUUUGCCCAGGGUAUGCUAGGGUGCCGAGGAUGUUGUUUAAGGGAGAGUAACUCCCUUGUAUGAAAAUUUGCAUGAGAACCUUCACUACAAUGUAGCAGCCCGAAGGUAUCAUCCUUUUGAUGUAAACAGUCUGUUUUGGGUAUGCAUUUUUUUACCUGGGCAUUGUCGUGAAUAUAUUUCCAUUUAUCUUUUACUGCAAUAUCUAGAACAUUUAGAAAAAAUAAUACUCAGCAAAAUUUUCAUUGAUAUUACACAAUCACCAUGACUGGACUAGUGGAAUGAGGCUAAUUACAACCAUUCUUCAACAAUUUAACAAACCGGUUUUAAUGACAAUUUAGUUCUGACUAUUGCCAUAUGUUAUAAGAUGGUCCAAUCUGUAUCAAAGUAAGCAUUGUGAUAAUGUGAUCACCAAAUGUUACCAUUUAAACAAACAUCUCAUCAUGCACAGUUACAUUUUUCCCCCACUUACUCCCAACUUUUUCUGACCAGCAGGCAACUAAAGCCAAGAAAAAAUAGUCUUUAUUGUCUCCAUAUAUUUGUUUUGAAGAAAUAAACCAGAUGGCAGGGCUUUCUAGGGGCAAGGGUCUUUCAUAAGGGAAAUUUGCAAAAUUUUAUUUAUUCUUAAAACAUUCAUAAAGUAUGUGUUAUUAGUGUCAGUGUCAAAUUCAAAAGAAAGACAGCCAUGGGAGGGAGCUCAU